AUGCCUUCGAAAACGCCAGUCGCGUUAAAGAGGAAGCGAACGCAAGAUGGCCUGCGAGGCAAACCAAAGCCAAAAGCGAAGUUCUCGAAGCGGCGACGAGUCGAGUAUCACAGCUCAAGCGAUGAAGAUGAACCCACCGCGAAGGAGGACUUCAGUGCCGCAAACUUGACAGGUUUGGGCGAAAGAAGGCCGACAGAGGCACACGAAGAGGAGAGCCGAACCGUCCAGGGGGAGGAUGAGGAGGAGGAGACCCCUGCGCAGCUAUCUGAAGAAGACGAAGAGCUGGCACAGGAGCAGGAAUCCAAGGCGAUAGGCGUGCAGGAAGCAGAUGAGGAGGACGCGGCAGACCCAGCGCAUGACCAGAAUCCAGUAUUGUCCGAAGAGGAUGAAGUAUCCGAAGAGGAAGACCAGGACCUCACAGAUGCGUCCUCUGCAUCGGAGUCGGAAACGUCCACCAAUGCGCCCUCGAAGAAGCGGAAACGGAAUGAUCCUGAUGCUUUCGCGACAUCAAUGUCGAAGAUCCUCGGAUCAAAAUUGACAACCUCAAAGCGCUCCGAUCCGAUCCUAUCGCGCAGUAAAGACGCUUCGACCGCAAGCAAAGAGCUUCAAGACGCCAAGCUGGAAGCCAAGGCUCGUCACAAGAUACGGCAAGACAAGAAGGAUGCGCUUGAAAAAGGCAGAGUGAAGGAUGUAAUGGGACUUCAGACGCCUGGUACUUCGACAGCAGAGAUUGUGGAAGAGGAGCGGAGGUUGAAGAAGACGGCGCAGAGGGGUGUUGUCAAGCUUUUCAACGCAGUGCGCGCCGCUCAGGUCAAGGGCGAGGAGGCAGCGAGGGACGCCAAGAAGAGUGGUGUGGUGGGCGUUGGCAAGAGGGAAGAGAGGGUUAAUGAGAUGAGCAAGCAAGGCUUCCUGGAUCUGAUCACCAGUGGCGGAGCGAAGAAGAUGGCUACGUCUCAGGAAGCAUGA